UGCAACGUUGGUAUAAUCUAACAUUAUUACUAUCUUAAUACAAAUUUUGGGAUCUUGUUAGUUUAAAGCAUGAGCUAAUCCUAGCUUGACUUUCAAGGUUUAGCGUGUCUGUCUUUAGUACUACUAACCUUCCAUGUACCUUCUGUCUUCAAUAAUUCAAUCAAAGAUUUUGUAUUUAAAGGACUGAGCAGUUUGUUGAUUUCGUUGCUCUUUGUUCGAAAUCUUACGUGCUUUUUAGAAACUAAACCCAACUUGCUGCUAGCUGCUGUUUCGCGCGGGUUUUUGAUGAACUUCAAGAGGCAUCUUAGUGGCGAGGAUGGCAAGGAGUUUGAAUUUCCGGUUCCAGAACCGAAAAGGAGACUUACUUUUACCAAUGUUCUUAGGGAUGCGAUGACGGAUGCCAGACUGAAUGGCGUGUUGGAGCGCUCCUUUCAAAGAAUAGUGCGAGAUGAGUUGGAGCGACGUAUUCUUCCCUCCUUCAUGGCAUCUCCAAGGCCCUCAAACGAAAGUGGGAGUACAUCUGGAGGAAGCGGCUUGCAGUUGCGUUUUAUCAACAAGCUGCCAACUACCAUAUUCACAGGCAGUAGGGUGGAAGCAGAGAACCGCGAGCCUCUUCAAAUUGAACUGGUUGAUGCCAGUACUGGUGCUAUAGUCCAUUCCGGUCCCCUAUCUUCACUAAAGGUUGAACUUUUUGUGCUGAAUGGUGAGUUUGGGUCUGAUGAUCAAGAGGAUUGGACCGAAAAAGAACUCAACACCUACAUUGUGCGCGAAAGGGAAGGUAAAAGGCCAUUAGUGACGGGUGACAUACAUGUUACACUGAGAGAGGGAGUUGGUUCUCUCGGUGAUGUCAUGUUUACCGACAACUCAAGCUGGGUAAGAUGCAGAAAGUUCAGACUAGCAGCUCGAGUUGUGGCCAAAGCCCAGAGUGAAGUUCGAAUUAGGGAAGCUACAAGUAAACCGUUUGUGGUUAAAGAUCACCGCGGAGAACUGUAUAAGAAACACCACCCUCCACACCCAAACGACGAAAUAUGGCGCCUGGAAAAGAUAUCGAAGGAUGGUGCCUUUCAUAAGAGACUGUACGAGAAGGGAAUCAGCACCGUGGAGGACUUCCUGCAGUCGUACAUGAAAGAUGCAUCCUCGCUACGAAAUGUUUUGCGUGGGAUCUCGAACAAGAUAUGGGAUACAAUCGUAGAGCAUGCUAUGGCCUGUAAAUUGGAUGAUCAUAAGUUCUAUGCCUACCACAGAGCUGAGCAGGACGUAAUAAGUCUCAUUUUCAAUUCCAUCCACGGGCUUGUAGGGGCAAUAAUCAAUGGCGAGUUCUGUUCUCUGGAUGGACUCGACUCGCAUCAGAAGAUGCUGGUGGAAGCUUUGAAGCAGCAGGCUUAUCGAAAUGUAAGAGAUCUGGUGCCCAUUGACGCUUCGACUAUGUUUGGCCUUUCCAAGCUUUUGCCAGUUCUACAAGCUGAUUCAUUCACUUGUCCAAACCCUGACCUGCGGCAAAGUGAAUUUCAGUUAACACAUCAAGAUGGACUCCCAAUACAACUAGGUUUCAACCAUGCAUCAAAUUCAACCUCAUGUCCCUACCAAGCAGAAGGUAGCAGCAAUCAGCUAGUGGUUUCUGUGGCACAACCUAGCGAGCCAAUACAUCUCCGAAGCAGCAGCUUUUCGAUGGAGGAUCUUAGCUCCAUUAUCGACAACGGAGAAAGCAGUUGGCCGCCUGUCGGUUUCAAGCGCCAAUUGUCCCAACUGGUCAUUUAGGCACAGAAUGUAAAA